UGAUUCUCGCGCAACAUCAGAAGAAUCUUUUACAGGAAGUGGCGAUAUUGCGAGGCUCUCGGUUGGGUCCAAUGUCACCCUCUCAACCACAUGUUGGGCGUUGCAGGCACAUAGACUGAAAAUGCCUUCCAUUUAAGGGACAGCGUACAGAUACGUACCGUAGCCGUUGAGAGAAAUUCACCAUUCGCGACGUCAUCCCAACUUAUCGAUAAAGCUCUGAGUGGGUGGGCAACCGAACUGAAACUGAAAGGUAGGUUACCUUACCUUAGGCGAAUGAGCUAGAUAGGAGGUUGCAAGGUCUCUGAUAUUGCAGUUCUACUUCUGUUGCCACAAUUUUCUGACUCUUCAUCUUAAUUUUCAAGCCUCUUUUUUUCUGGGAAGUUGCUUCAAGAUCCUUUGUGCUUCUGUGUCGUUUCUUCAUCUCCCUCAAUUGUGUCUCACUUGAAGCUCAACAAUUUAUGAAGCUUGCAACACCAAAUAUCCCGACUACCCCGCCCACCUUGAGACCUACCUCCCUUCUACAACCGUGUCGUAUUUUCAUUUCAUUUUCGAAAAAUGGCCACAAUUGCUGAAAACUCGUCCAAUUCCUUGGACCCCAAUCACUCUGGCGGUGCUGCGGGUGACAUUCCCAACGACGGUACAGGUGUUGUGAAGCUCGAUCCUUGGCUGGAGCCCUUCAGCGAAGCCCUCAGAAGGCGCUUUUCUAAAACCCAAGAUUGGAUCAAGACCAUCAACGACACCGAAGGUGGCCUUGAGAAGUUCAGCAGGGGCGCUGAGAAAUUUGGCUUCAACGUCGAUGCUAAUAACAAUGUUGUCUACCGCGAAUGGGCGCCCAAUGCCACUGCCGCGUUCCUCAUCGGCGACUUUAAUAACUGGGACCGCAAUGCUCAUCCCAUGACCAAGAACGAUUUUGGCGUCUUUGAAAUUACAAUUCCUGCCCAAGAUGGACAGCCUGCCAUUCCUCAUCUUUCCAAAGUCAAGAUCUCGCUCAACUUGCCCAAUGGCGAGCAUGUCGACCGACUUCCAGCUUGGAUCAAGUACGUGACACAGGAUUUGUCUGUGUCUCCCGCAUACGAUGCUCACUUCUGGAACCCUCCAGCCUCCGAGACAUACAAGUUCAAAAAUGCACGGCCCAAGAAGCCUGCAAGUGUUCGUGUGUACGAGGCGCAUGUCGGAAUCUCCAGCCCUGACCAGCGGGUUGCGACUUACAAGGAGUUUACCAAGAACAUGCUUCCACGAAUUAAGAACCUAGGUUACAAUGUGAUUCAACUCAUGGCUGUGAUGGAACAUGCGUACUAUGCCAGCUUUGGCUAUCAAAUCAACAACUUCUUCGCUGCUAGCAGCCGAUACGGUACUCCCGAGGACCUCAAGGAGCUCAUUGAUACCGCUCAUGGCCUCGGAAUUACCAUGCUACUCGAUGUUGUUCACAGCCACGCGUCCAAGAACGUGCUUGAUGGCAUCAACGAGUUUGAUGGUACCGAUCACCAUUACUUCCAUGGUGGCGGCAAGGGCCGACACGAUCAAUGGGACAGCCGGCUUUUCAACUACGGCCACCAUGAGGUGAUGCGGUUCUUGCUGAGCAACUUACGUUUUUGGAUGGAUGAGUACCAGUUCGACGGUUUCCGAUUUGACGGAGUUACCAGCAUGCUAUAUGUUCAUCAUGGCAUGGGCACGGGCUUUUCUGGUGGUUAUCAUGAGUACUUCGGCGCAGAUGUUGAUGAGGAGGCUGUUGUCUAUAUGAUGCUUGCAAAUGAAAUGCUGCAUGAACUCUACCCAGAGGUCAUUACCAUUGCCGAGGAUGUGUCUGGUAUGCCGGCACUUUGCCUGCCACUUUCUCUUGGUGGCGUCGGAUUCGACUACCGCCUUGCCAUGGCCAUUCCUGAUAUGUGGAUCAAGAUUUUGAAGGAACUCAAGGAUGAUGAAUGGGACAUUGGCAACAUCUGCCAUACGCUUACCAACCGUCGACAUGGCGAGAAGACUAUUGCCUAUGCUGAAAGCCACGACCAGGCGCUUGUUGGUGACAAAACUCUCAUGAUGCAUCUAUGCGACGCUGAAAUGUACACCAACAUGUCUACUCUGUCGCCCCUGACUCCUGUCAUUGAUCGCGGUAUGGCGCUCCACAAGAUGAUUCGGCUUGUGACACAUGGCCUAGGCGGAGAGGGAUAUCUGAACUUUGAGGGUAACGAAUUUGGUCACCCUGAGUGGCUCGACUUCCCACGUGAGGGCAACAACAACUCAUUCUGGUAUGCUCGACGACAGCUCAACCUCACGGAUGAUCCCUUGCUCCGAUACAAGUUCCUUGAUCACUUUGACCGCUUGAUGAACAAGGCUGAGGCCAAAUAUGGUUGGCUCCAUGCGCCGCAGGCGUAUAUCUCAUUGAAACAUGAAGGUGACAAAGUUAUUGUGUUUGAACGCGGCGGUCUGGUCUUUAUCUUUAACUUCCACCCAACCAACAGCUUCAGCGACUACCGUAUCGGAAUCGAAGUCGCAGGAACUUACCGUGUCGUUCUCAACACAGAUAGCAAGGAUGUUGGUGGUCACAACCGUGUUGAUGAGAACACCCGAUUCUUCACUACCCCUAUGGAAUGGAACAACAGGAAGAACUGGACUCAUAUCUAUAUUCCCUGCCGAACUGCUUUGGUCCUGGCUCUUGAGUCCACAAUUUCUCAGUAGUCUUGAGUAUGGAAGAUUAAGAAGAGAUGGAAACGGGGGCCGUUGUGAAGCUGCAAGAAGUAUCCGGCGAGAGUGAUUCCUUCAUUGGGCGGGGACUGUUACAAAGUGCGCCGUUAUUGGUUGAGACCGUUGAUGUGUCGGUGGUUUGUUUUGUUUUGCAGAUAUAUUAUAACAUCUGAGAUAAUAAAAGUCAUCAAGAACAGCAAUUUCAGUGUCCUGAGUAACUUUUUUUUUACCAGUCGCAAGGCAUUGAUCAUUGAUCUUACAGCAAAUAAACCCAGAGAUGCUGUUG